AUGGACGUGGCGAGCGCGACUUUCACCGCGUUGAACCAAACGCAGGGCUACUUCAAUGUCCUCGAAGAAGUUGGCAAAUACAAUGUCCAGCUCAACUACUUUGAGCGCCUCUGGGCUGCCUGGUACCUCUUCAUGCAAAACGACACUCUGGCGACCGGCAUCAUGAGCUUCGUCAUGCACGAGGUCGUCUACUUCGGCCGCUGCAUUCCCUUCAUGAUCAUGGACAAGAUCCCCUACUUCCACAAAUACAAGAUUCAGUCUCAGAAGAUCCCGACCCUCAAGGAACAGUGGGACUGCGCUUCCAUCGUCCUCAUCAGCCACUUCACCGCCGAACUGCCCCAGAUCUGGUUCUUCCACCCCAUCGCCACCUACUUCGGCAUGGACUACGGCAUUCCGUUCCCCUCGCUCUUCACCAUGGCCUGGCAGAUUGCCAUCCUCUUCGUCAUGGAGGAUACCUGGCACUACUGGUUCCACCGCGCGCUUCACUACGGCCCUCUCUACAGGAGCAUCCACAAGAUGCACCACCUGUACUCUGCUCCCUUUGGCUUGGCUGCCGAGUACGCCUCGCCCAUUGAGACUGGUCUCCUCGGAAUUGGCGUUGUCGGAUCUCCCGUCGUUCUCCUUGCCUUCACCGGCGAGCUCCACCUGCUCACCAUGUACGUCUGGAUCACCCUCCGUCUUCUCCAGGCCAUCGACGCCCACAGCGGCUACGACUUCCCCUGGAGCUUGCGCCACUUCCUGCCUGUCUGGGCCGGUGCCGACCACCAUGACAUGCACCACGAAAAGUUCAUUGGCAACUACGCUUCCAGCUUCCGCUGGUGGGACUACAUGCUCGACACCGAGGCCGGUGCCGAUGCCCACAAGAGACGCCGUGAGAAGAAGUUGGCCCAGAUUAAGGCCAAGAAGGCUCAGUAA